AUGGAACGUGCCUGGAAGUACUUUGUGACCUUCACCAACCGCGGUGAGGAGACGGUGCAGAUGCUUACGCGGCACUGGGUCUUUGUGGAUGCGCUGGGCCGCCUGUCAGCGGAGGUCAUGGGUCCAGGUGCCCGCGGCGUGACGCCUGUGCUGCCGCCCGGGGGCGAGUGGACCUACGAGAGUGGCACCAGCCUGAACACGCCCUUCGGCAGCAUGCAUGGCAGCUUCCAAUUCGAGAUCCUCCGGGGCCGCGGCCGCUCCUUCGGCGCCCGCGUGGCGCGCCUGGCGCUCUCGGAUUCUGCCCGGGCGCAACAGGUUCCCUGCAUCGACGAGGCGCAGGAAGGUAUGCUGCCUUUGACCAGCGUACUGGCAGUGGAGAGGGUGAUCUUGGGGGGCCACAGCAAGUUCACGUUGAGGAAGGACGGCAAGUACUACUUCGCCUACGACGUGCAGUUCAACAACGCCCGCGACACGGAGAUCGAGGUGGUUGGACACCUCUGGGAAGUGGUGGAUGCUCAAGGGCAGCGCCACGUUGUGGCCGAGGGCGAUGGUGUGGGAGGCCGCUUCCGAGGCGCCUCGCGGGCGCUGGCGCCGGGGGAUGCCUUCCGCAGCCAGGGGCAGGUCUUCGCGGCCACGGCGCUGGGCAAUGCCCAGGGCACCUACCGGGUGCUGAUCCACGAACAGGGCCAGAAGAUCGAGAUCGAGGCGCGCACAGACUUCAUGGGCCUCUCUGCGGACAAGGACGUGUCACACGUGCCAAACUUUGUGGCCGAUCCAGACUUUCGGUGA